AUGGCGGAAACGUCGGAUAUAAGGAGCAAUGGCUAUCCAUUACCGACUGAACUUUUGCAGGAGAUACUCCUAUUCGCUGACUUCCAGUCGUUCUUUUCGGCGAGUUGGACGUGCAAAGAUUGGCGGAACGCGGCGUUAAGCUCUUAUGUACUUCGGCACCAGCUCAACACUGUUCCCACUGUUCCCACACUCGCCGAGGCAGACAUUGAACAGGCGACACCACGAGAACUGAGAAUACUAUUCCACCGUGUCUGCCGGCAGAACCUCAUGGGGAUACGGAGCAACGUUUCCCUCAGCAAUACGGAGGAGAAAACAGUAAGACCAAUGUCGGCUAUUGCGGUUCAAUCUCGGCAUGGGUGCCAAUACGCGCAGUUGCGUGGGAUGACAUUCAUACUCAAGACGUCGACGUCUGCUAGCCAUGAGGUGCAACUCUCACCCACGAUAUUUCCCCCAUCUGAUGCAGUACGACAACUUAUCGGCUACAAUCAUGGAGGCUUAUUCUGCACGCGGCCGUUUGCGCGAAUACAGGCGGCCCUCUCCCCUUGCGGAGAGUUAGUUGCUGUGGCGCUGGGGCAGAAAGUGCAUAUUUAUCUUCUCGGGGAGAGUAUGGAUAUGCGAAAUGUGGAAGGUACUAUCGGGGAUAAUGUACUUGAGUCGAUACAGCGUAUUGAAUUUGUGGGCAAUCUCCUGUUACGGCUCGAGGUCGAUGGGCCUGAAGGGCUUUCCGUGAGGUAUCUCGGUUAUGGAGAAUGUCGAUGUCGCGGUAUUUCCCCUAUUGUUGGAAUAACAGCUGGUGGCGCACAAAGACUGGAGUACUGGAAAACGGGGUUACGGCAGGUCUAUCUAGACUCUAGGGUUAUUGAGCAAGGGUUGGGUGACGGUACCUCAGUGCGUGGGGUGCGGCUUUUCGACAUGCAAAGCAGACGGAACGAUAACAGAUCGUGCUCGUGUCAAGAUGAAAAGCACUUCUUUGGCCUGUUUCGAUGGCCUUCGUCUGAGAACUCAUAUGCCGCCGGAAGCAUAUAUAAAAACGGAACAGUCCAUAUAACACAACGGAUUCCCAGCCGUCGACCGAGUUGGGUGAGAGGCCAGCCAGAAGCAGGCACAGCAGAGUCAUUUGUACCUUCUAACCCUGCGCUGAGGUGGGAUCGUUUUGACCCAGACAACCUCCCACUAGCGCAUUGUUAUGACCCUUUCCUUGCCAUCUGUGAUGACGGAAAGAUACUGGUCAUUUGCGAGCCGCCGCAUGGCUCAGCAAAGGGUGCGGUAUAUGUGUGUUCUGGGGAGAUGGCAUAUUCUAAUCCAGAGAGGAUUGAAUCCCCUGCCCCCUGGCCGUUUGUUCUGAGCCACUUUGAUCUGGGGCCUUUGGACCAGGGCGUUUAUUCUCUACAUAUUAGUCGAAACACGUACACUGGCGGUUAUGUCAUCGAUGCCCAUACAGAGCAUCAGAGGUUACAGUGGCAACUGCAAUGGACUUGA